AGUAAUCUUGUUGAUUUAAUGGGUGGCUUUGUUUUUUAAUUACAAUACCAAUUUCUUGUUAUUUACUGCGUUUCUUAAAACGUCUGCGAGAUUCCUUUUGUUAAAUAAAGUGACGUAGUACGACAGCAGCCAUGGAAAAAGACCUCGACAAAGUGAUAGAGGAGAUAAUGUCCACGCCAAACGUGAACGGCUGCUUGGUGGCGGAUCACCAGGGCCUGUGCUUGGCGGCGAAGGGCACGGCGCACGUGGACUCCGCGGGCGUCAUCGUGGCCAUCUCGGAGCAGGCCUGCAAGAUCCAGCCCAACCUCAAGCCGCCCACCGUCUGCCUCGAGACUGACAAGAAGCAAUGCUUAAUCCAGAGGCACGGGACGAUCACAGGCGCUAUCUUUAAACAGAAAGCCUAGUAAAUGCUCGGUAAAAGCCUAAUUUGACCACAAGAUGUGAUGAAGACUGAUGAAAAAACUUCUAGGCCCUCUCCUCAUUAUUUUAUAUUGUUUUUAAAUUAAAAAGCUUCUUAAAAAGUUUCUCAAACAAUAUUGACUUGUAUCAUAUUUUAAUUUGGAUAUAGCUACUUGACACCAUACAUCUUGCUUGAUUGUAAUCUCUAGCUUAUGUUAUGUAUAGUCUAAAGUUUAUUUUAAGUUUAAAUGUAAAUAAAGAAAAACAUUUUAUUGAUACAUAAAA